AUGGCAGAAUCUCAGAUUGCUUGCCAUUCUGGCACCCCACCUGACCCAAAUGCCCGGUUUUUUAUCUACCUCGACGAGUCCAACUUCCGUAUCAAUGGUGAUAAUGCCAGCAAGCGUCGUUUUUCUCUUCCUCAACCUAAUCUCAACUGGCAUUACGAUGUCCGCGUGCUCAAGGGCAUCAUCCGCAAACACUCUGGGAUGAGCGUGGACGAAAAGGUAAACUUCAUGGUUUAUGGAUCUAACAUUGAGCAUAGCCUUGUAUAUCAAGAUCUGCAGCUUCACACUUGGAAUGUCACGACUUUUUCUCGGCUGGUCAAUCGAAAAGAGAAAAAGGUUGAUACUUCUCUUGUCAGCGACAUGUCAGUGCAGGCUCUCGAAUCCAAUGCCGCGGGAAAUCCUGCUAUUUUCGCUGUUGUUUCUGGUGACAGCGACAUGAGACCUGCAGUAGAAUGCGCUACUCGAUACGGACAUACUGUGCACAUUUGGUCUUGGGAAGAAUCAUUGUCUGACGAAUACCGGCAACUUGAGCAGGAAGGCCUUAUCGACCUCACCCUUCUUGACGGAUUCCUUGACGUUCUUACUAUGAGUUCAUCCAGCAUUCUUGUUAGGGAUAUCUUGAUUCCCCCUAAUAGUCUCGUGUUUCCCAAUCCAUGGGAGAGAUCUCACGAGGUCCUUGAGCGAAUCAAAAAGGAGCUACCUGACGGUAGCCUCACUCUGAUCAAGAGAUCAAAUGAUGUGGAAGACUACUGCACUGAUAUUGCUAUUUUGCCUCGCAGUGGACUUCCAAUUGAAGAUGCAUUCUUUCGCUGUAUGCUGAAAAACCUCCAACAUAGAGAGCUACAUGUCAUGAGCUUCGCUGAGUAUUUUCAUUCCUCAGACCAGUUCGAACUUUGUGGCAGAUUGGGUAUUUGGUUAACCUUCCAUUUUCCCGAGCUCUUCUGUGAGUGGCUCCCUUGA